GAGAAGGAUCUUGUUUCAGUGAUUCAAUUCAGUUGAGUACGCGAUUGGUUCGGUGGAAGUGGAUGUACCCGCCACAGAACAGAUGGAUUCAUUUCCAUCCAAUGUCAGCUCGUCAGUGAUAGCUGUUGGCAACACGGCAUAGAAUUUCGUUCGUUCACCUUUCAGAAAAUAUUUACUGCAAGUGCCUAAUUAGACCUAAAAGUGUGAAAACAAUCGUUAAAUUGUCAGACAGUGUCAGUUGAAAGUGCUAAAGGAUUUUUUUGACAGUUGUCUUCACCUGAAAAGAUAAAGAAAUUUCCGAAAGUAUGAGAUAAUAACAUUGACAAAUGGACAAUCACGACCAUGGAAAGGAACAAGAUAGAGAAAGGCGGAAUUCUAACACCGAAUACUUACCAACCAAAUGUCGAAUCACAAAACCAGCCCCUCCAAAACCUGCUACAAACCCUCUGCAAUUCAUAAAAGUGGCACCAUGUCCUCUAUUCCAAAAAGCCCAGGAACAAAUAAAAAAAGUCGAAGAAAUAAAAAAGGAAGAGAAAGAAAUGAGGACCGAGGUUGAAGACUGGCAACAGAACCUUGACAACUGGAAAAGCAGUAGAAGAAAACGGCAGGUGCACAUAAUAGAAAGAGUGGUGGAAGUAAAAAAACUCACAGAACAAGAGGAAAUGGAGAGAACGAGGCGGAAAAGCAAAACGUUUAGCGAAAUGAUGGAAGAAAGGAGUAAAGGAAGACAUAAAUUCAGUAUACCUUUAUACGAAGACGAUUCAAACGACUUAAGCGAUUACGGUAUUGGCAGCAGCAGUUCAAAGACCAAUAGCAUCAAAGAUGUCGAUACUGAUGAUAGCUGUAGCAUUUUGGACGAAAAGGACAAUCAUUCUUUCGAUUCAUCUAGUAAUAGGGAAAACUCGAGUGCAUCAAACCAAAGUCAAAGCGAAGAUGAAACAAAUACAACCCAAAAAGAACCGAGAAUUAUCAAUAAUAACAAUAUUUGUUCGAAAACCUAUACCAGCACCUACGUUACUAGCUGUAACUUGGGUAAUAAAAAUCCCGAAGUCCCACCUAAAACAAUGUCAUCAAUCGAAACGAAAUCCUAUUCAGAGCCCAAGGAACCAAAGCAAUAUACUUACGAGGGAGCCAUUCAGGACUACAGGACUAGAAUUCAGACUAUAAAUUCAGAUGAAUCUAGAAACAAAACUAGAGAACUUUCAGACAUUGUACUACCAAAAGGAGAAAUCUCCAAACGAAAGGGUUUAUUUGAAAACAAAAACGUGGAAAUCAACCACUUGGAAAAUUCAACUGCUCGAAGAUUGUCUGAAGACUUCGUUAACGCUAGGAGUAUCAAAGAUAGGUUGAAAAGUCUGGGACAGUCGACGGAUCAAGGGUGUAAGUCAACGGAAAAGAGCGAGGUACAAAUUUCUGUGAAACAGAGGCUGCUGAACUUCAAUAAGCAAAAUGACUCUGACACUACUAAUAACAACCCACCAAAGGUCAGCUCUAACAAAAUUAGCAACUAUCUCUUAGACAAAUCCAGCAGUGCUUCUAAGUUCGAAACAAAGAAAACCUCGAGCUGGAAAAGCGACUCUUCAGAUCGAUGUUUCAGCCCUGAAACGGAACUUUACGUGAACAAACUCAACAUGUUCAACAGGGAUUUGGAUAACUUGAUGAUGAACAACUGCACGGACGAGAACUAUGCUCCAUCUGUAGCUUCAACUGAAUUUACUGCUGUUUCUUCAGAUCGCGACGAUAGCGGUAUUCAUACAACUGACGUAUCUUGUUCGGUCAGUCAAGCUGACGAACCAACUGAUACUGAUGAUGUUUCAUCUAAUGUUAAUAAUAGACUCAACGAAGAAACUCUCACGCAGUUUGAAAAGGAUCUUACCCAGUUCCAAGCUGAAAUGGAUCAGUUCCAAAUAAGGAGCAUACGGACUGAAAAUAAUAAUGUUGAACAACCUGAAAAAAGACGCAAAGAAACUAUUGCAGCAUUUUCCAAGCAAAUGCUUAUCGAUUCCACCAACAACCUUCUGGAGUCGUUGAAGAAAGACUCCUCAGAAAAUCUACCUGACCUAAGAACUGUAAAAGAAGAAGUAGCUACUGCUACAGAAGCUCUGCCUGUAAUCAAACCAAAGCCUGUAAUAUAUGAAAACGUAGAGUUUAAACGAUUCAGUCCGGCAGUCGACUUUAUCACUAACAAUUUCGUGAUGGAUUCCCAGUUUGCAGGGUUCAACACUACUAGGGAACCUCCGAAAGUGAAACCUCCACCUCCUCCUCCACCGAAAGAUGAAGAAGAGUACUUCCCAGAUCCCAUGAAGCGCGAAAACUCGACAAAAAGGAUCAAGAAAGAAAUACAUAUCAAACGCUCGAGUUUUCUUGGCUUAGAAGAACCUAUUGUCGAUACAGAAAUCGUUUUGGAAAAACCACCAGAGCUGAACAGUUUUUUUCAGAGAGAAGCUAAAAUGGAAAAGUCCUUAUACCGAAAAAUCCACGAAGAUCAUCUAGGUGGGGUGCUGAGUAAGGUGGAGAGUCAGGAUUCUGGAUUAGACAUAGAUAGAGGUCGAUUGUCUAGUGAUACAUGGUGCAGCAGUGUUGGGGAUUCAAGUGUUCCCAGCCAUGAAAGACAAGCCAGUGAGCAAACAAAUAGUAUUACUUCUGAGGAAGACGAAAUAACCAAGAAGGAAAGAGAAAUAAUUGAAUUAGUAGAAAAGGAAGAACAGUUUAGAGAUACUGCUGAUUAUGUUCACAAGGAAAUACCUGCGGCCAUUUUCAAUAUCAAAAAGGAUUCUGCUUACGAACUGUCGCUGGGUAGUGAACAGUUUGGUAGACCAUAUUUUCAUGAACAAACCUCAGAUUUUUUAAAAGAAGAUUCGGAAGUUCUGAAGGUCGAACAAGAACUAAGGCAGUUGGAACUGGGAGAACUGGAAAGACAAUGUGACAACAUGUUAUUUCGUGAAAGCAGAGCUAAAGCCCACCUCCAGAACAACAGACAUUCAUUAGAGAACAUAUACGACAAAAUAGGGCAUGGACAUAACUAUGACAGUUCGAAAGAUUGUCGAAAAUCAAUGCCUGAAUUGGCCAGAAACGAUAUGAGAAAGGAUUUACCAAUCCUUGGGCCAUUAAUCCCUUUUUACGAAUACGAAAAUCUCCCACCUGUUGAUUAUAAAAGAAGUUUCCAGUCGUCAGACAAUCUCGUAGACUCAGAUAUCGGGAUACCUCUGGCCCAUCGCAAAUCCAUGCCAGAGCUCCAACAUGUGUAUCAAAAUUAUGCUUUGGAACCUCGGAGACCUUUAGUGGAAACUGACAUGAGAGUCCCCAUAGACCACCGGAAAUCUAUGCCAGAAUUGCAACACGAUGUAAAUUAUUCUGCAUUCAAAACUCCUAGACCAUCUAUAAUUCCUGGAAGGCCUAUCCGACCUAUCCAAAAUUGGACUGGUUUCGAACCACAAGGUAGUCAGCCAGUUUCGAGGCAAUUAGGAGCAGUUCCUCGCCCAAGGCAAGACAAAUGGAUACAACAACCCAAAAUCAAUUCUGAGGGCCGGAACUAUAAUCAGCAUUGGGUUAUCCAGGAAGCGGAGUUGAGAAGGAUAUCUGAUCAGAAAAAAAACAUUGCUUCUAAUAUGAAUUGGCAACAACCCAGGCCACGUACUCAAAACAGGCUGAAUGCCAAUGAUCGUCUACAGCAAACUGUGAGAACGGAUGGAAACUACAAAAAAGACCUCUUGCAGCAUUCUUACCUCAGUCAUCCUCAGGCUAUGAACCAUGCUUCGCCGACUAUGACUUACUCUCCGCCGAUGGUUGUGGACGAGUCCCAAGAUAGGAUUUUGAGUGUUAGUGGCAAAAAGAAAUGUUCAUAUUGUGGAAAUGAAUUAGGUCGAGGGGCAGCCAUGAUCAUUGAAAGUUUGUGCCUUUUUUACCACAUGGAAUGUUUCAAGUGCUGUGUUUGUCACGUUCAAUUAGGCGACGGCAUGAUGGGAACUGAUGUUCGUGUUCGCAAUGAGAAGCUGCACUGCCAUAACUGCUACUCUAGCGAUGAUGGUGUCAAGUUCAGUUGCGUCUGAUGUAUAUACUCUCCUUGUAAAUAUAUUAUUUAUAAUCUGUAUUUGUUUUGUAUCAUAGUUGAAUAGUUGAUUGUAAUUAACACCUAUUUAUUAGAGUAGCCGGUUGUGAUUUGAGAAAAUUUGGCAUUUGUUUUGGGAAAACGAUUACAUUUCUAUUCCUUACAAAUGCUGUUGGAUGCAAUAAUGAACAAAUUUAUUAGUAUAAGUGCCAAAUUGUAUGUUUUGUAAUUUUCUUUUGGGUAUCAACUAGUUGAUUACGUUUUUGUUUUCUCAUGCUGGAUAUCUUAUUUUUUCGAUCUUCAGUUAUGCUAUUGUCAUUUGUUUCGUUUGCGUUACUUUGAAUUUGUUCAACUUUUUCCAGUAAAUGAUUUUUGCAACAUCUGUUGCAACUCCUUUUUGACUUGAAGAAAAUGUUUUUUCUUCGUGGAUGUUGUUUCAUAGUAUUUUUGAAGAUUGAUUGUUCCAUUAUUAUAUUCCAGAUUGAAUUUGUUGUUUUCUACCAUUUUAUUUCCUGUUGAAAUGAAUAUUGAUCUGUUUGAAGACAAUAAAUAAGAUAUUGGUCAAUUCUACAAAAUUAUAAAGAUUUUAUCAUAGAAUUGUUGAUCUAAUUGUAAUUCUGGUUUGGAUUCAUUUCUGUUGUGAAAUUAUUGGUGUACAUGCAGGAUUACUAGCAAUGAAAGUAAAUUCUGACACUUGACAGCUUUAGUAUCCCAGUGAAGGUUCAGAAAUAAAAUAGUCAUAUUCUUAGGUCUGUGGCCAUGUACAGUAUCAGUCAUAUUUUUUUAUGAUCUAUUGGUCCUGAGAUACUUGUCAUAUUUCCAUUGCAUGCUGUUUUUGAAAAACAGUAAGAUGUAUUACUGCAGGAGUUCUGAAAGCAAUUGUUGUACUCUAAUAAUUUAUUUUAUUUGAUGUCGAGAGUUAUAUUAGGUAUUCUUAACAAACAUACCAAAAUGUUAGUUUCUAGUGAUUCUUAUUGACUUACCUACUUUAUAUACAUAUGAAUAUAUAAAUCUAGUGUAAUAUAUGUUUACUACAAUAAAGGAUAUCAUGGUUAACAG